AUGCCGAAUGACUGUAUGGAUGAAGAAUUCGCCACGGCCGUUAAGGACGGCAGUGAUGAAGAUGAAGAUGGUGAUCGCAUUGCUAUACGAAGCGACGAUGACAUGCCUGCCUUUGUGGCCUUCCUGGAAAGAGAGCACAUGGCUAAAAUAUGGUUAGUAAGCUCCUCGCCUACGAUCCUCGACGAUAUCCCGGCAAUCAUUCCUUCAGAUCUGAAGCAUUUAAACCUCAUAUCACAAGGACAAUUCGGCAGUGUUUACAGGCAAAUAAUAAGUAUUCACAUUCCUUCUGAUCGCGUCCUUGCUGUGAAAUGUGUUCCUUUGGACAGCUAUGAGGAAAGGCGUGAUAGCGCGAUAAGUGAAUUAGCUCUCAUCAAAAAG